AUGACCAUCCCUGUGUACACAGCAGCCACAGCUGAGGAGGUUGGAACGACAUCACGUGGAGCUGUUCCAGUAUCUUCAGCUCCUGCCCUAAAUGGCCGCUGUUCCCAGUACCGUGUCUGGUCACCCUGCAGAAAUCUGGUUGUGGAAUUUACCCAGGAGGAAUGGCAGGUCAUGGACAAUGAUCAGAAAACCCUGUUCAGGGAGGUGAUGCUUGAGACCUACAGCAACCUGCUGUCUGUGGGUUACUGCAUUUCCAAACCUGAUGUGAUUGUCAAGUUGGAACAAGGAACAGAACCAUGGACUUUGGGAAAACACUUAAAGCAAUGUUUUUCCGUUGUCCACAGAAAGUAUACACUGUUUGAAGCCACAAAUAAAAAUCAAAAGAUAAGCUUCAGGAAGCCUGAUGAGAUGCCAGCCAGGGAGAAACACGCUGACCCUGAGGUACAUGUGGACUCAUCCCAAUGCUGGGAGGAUUUUAGUCAGCAUAACAAUAUUCACACAGUGCAGCAGGUUGUUGAAUACCGGGGGAAAGAGAAAUCCUUUCACAGGAAGAGGAAAUUCUUUCCAUGUGAGAAUCUUUGUAACAGCGAUGCUUGCAACAAGUCCAUCAUCAUGGUUGGAAAAACAACUUGGGCCGAAAAAAAAACAACUUUUCUUAAAAAUACCUAUUUCAGUAAGCAUCAAGCAACAUACUCAGAGAAAUUCUACAAAUAUUUGAACUGUGAGGAAUGUCUCAUUUACAAAUCAGAUCUUACAGUAAGUCAAUUACUGCACAAAACAAAAAAUCACUAUGGAUGUAUCCACUGUGGUAAAUCUUUCAGUUGUAAAUCUGUCCUUACCAUCCAUCACAGAAUUCACAGAGGGGAAAAUUUCUUUGCGUGCAAUGAAUGUAGAAAAAUAAUUUCCAAGGAUCUAGGUCUCAUUAGAAUUCAGCAAAUUCACACCGGACAGAAAAUUUAUGAUUGCAGUGCCUAUGAAAGAACAUGUUGCAGGAAGUCCCACCUCACAACAAAUCAGAACAAACCUUAUGAAUGCAAUGAGUGUGGAAAAGCCUUUGACCAUAAGUCACACCUCAUAGUGCAUCAGAGAAUUCACACAGGGAAGAAACUUCAUGAAGGUAAUGAAUGUGGAAAAACCUUUUGCUGGAAUUCUGAACUGAUUAAGCAUAAGAAAAUUCACACAAGGGAGAAACUUUAUGAAUGUAAUAAGUACAUUGCAGGGAUCAGGCUCAUGAAGCCCAUCAGCACUCUGAUAUGGGAUUCCAAGUACGUGUUUCAAUUGCUAACACUGUUGUUGGAAACAGAAAAUGGAGUCAGACCCCCAGAAAGAACUAUGCUGAGAAGUCAAGGUCUGCACACUGAGACCCUGCUUGCGACAGAAUCAGAAAACUCUGGGGGAUUAAGAACAACCCUAGGAAGAAAAAAGGGUCCAACGACCCAAUAA